UGGAAACUAACAUCUUUAUUUGACAGUUUAAAAUUUCAAUCGGCCGAUCAAAGCGUUGUUUUAAAACGUUUGUUUACUAUUUGUUUCUCGAGUAGUAUUUCUCAAUAACUGGUUUGUUUUAAUCUGAAUUUGUUCUUAGAAAUUGUUAUAUUUAUUUCAGUAGUACUGUACCCUUUUUAUAGAUAUGCCUAAGGUUGUGUAUAAUAUUGGUGAUAAAGUGUUUGCCAAAGUCAAAGGAUAUCCACCAUGGCCUGCACGAAUUGAGAGCGACACUGGCAAGAAGAAGUAUAGUGUUAUUUUUUAUGGAACUAAAGAAGUUGGUGUGAUUAAAGUAGAAGAUAUAUGCUAUUAUUUGAAAAAUAAAGACAGUUUUGUUAACAAAUAUAGUAAAAGGGUGGGCUACAAUGAGGCAGUUAAAGAAAUUGAAGCAGCUAUUGAAAAAGCUGGCGGAGAUGGGAAUGAUUAUUCUAACGAUUAUUCCAACAGCAAUGAGUCAGAAAGUGUAUUGGAAACUAGCGUUGCAGAAAAAAAGGGAGUAAAAAGAAAAACUAGCACAUCAAAUGAAGAUAAUGAAUCACCAGUAAAAAAUAGAGGACCAAAAUCGAGAAGAAAAAGCAUAGCAUCAGAUUUAAAAGGAAUUGAUGAAAAUCCAUUAGAUAUGCUAGCUGUGAAAAAAUCUAGAAGAAAAUCUGUAAUACCUGAGGGCGAAAAUAUGGAUACACUCGAUGCAUCAGAUAUUUCAGAUGAUUUAAAUAAAAUUAAAGUACAAAAAAAUAAAAGGGAUUCUGAAAGUCAUACUGAAAUAAACGAUAGCGGUAUUAAUGAAACAACUAGCGAAGAUAAGUCUAAAGUAUCAGAAGAAAUGGAAGAAGAUGAUGAUAAUUCACCUGUAAGAGAAAAUAUUACCACUGAACAGAUGCUUAAAAAUAUUAUAUUAUAUGCAGAACAUGUGAAGAAAAGUCCUCUAAUGUACAAAGAAAAACCUGUAGAAGACAGAGACGACAGUAAAGACCAAAUAUUUGCUAUAAAACUGCCUUCGGGCACUGUAUGUGGAUUGAAGCUUUAUAAAGACUGGCCCCUUAAACACACCAAUGAAUAUGACAGGGCGUUAUUUGACGAAGAGAUGGCAAAAUCGUUACUUGCAAUUAAAGAGUCGCUAACAACAGGCGGCAAAUCGCUUAGCGAAAUAGGCGAUUCGUUUGAAGCGAUUCCUAACCUCAAUAUUACAAACGACGAACUAAACGAAGUGUCAUACACGAUGGACAUAGAAUCUAGGAAACGAAGAUUAGAGCGAUUAAAAAGAGAGUCGGAUCUGGUUAGGUGGGACUCAAAAAUUAAAAUGAAUUUAGGUUUAGAGAAAGCUUUGUUGGACGAAGCUCUAAAGUGUUUAAAUGAAUUUAGUGAAAUAGAAGAACACGUUGACGAGUUAAUGUUUAAAAAACAUCCUCAUGUACUGGAUACAAUUCGUAGGUUAAGAAAAUAUAUUGGUAACACUAAAGAGUGGAAAAUGGAUGGAGACGAGUUAGACUUUUUCUCCAAAAAAGCAGAAAAAAUCAGAAAUGAAGCUGAGAGGAUAUAUAACAGAUUAAAGGAUAAAAUAAAAAUUGAUGAUCCUAAACCGACAUUUUGGGAUGCGUUCCUGGAAGUAGUGGCUGAUUUUCGCGCUCAUUGUAAAAACUUCACCGAUAUGCAGAUUUUAAGUUUAUGUGCAGAACCAAACUCUCGGCAGGCAUUUCUUGAUAAAUUGGACGAAAUAACGGAACUGGAGGAUAAUUAAUAUUUAUUAUUUAUGUAUUUUAGUUAAAAUUCGAAUAAAAAUUUACUGAUUUA